GCUAAAGAAGCAUUUCAGUUCAUCGUCAUCUUAGAAGAGGCCGCUGUCAGGAAUCAAAAUGAACGGGAUUGACGAGGAACAAAUGGGGCCACAGACCUUUCUCUAUGGGUGCGCGUUGAAAUCUGGGAAGGAUAUUGUCUUCAACCCAGAAGAGGAUGACUUUGAGCACCAGCUGGACUUAAGGAUGGUGUGUGUGGACCCCAGCACCAAGGAUGAGCUGCAUGUUGUGGAGGUGGAAGGACAGGACGCAGAGGGUGAGAAGGUGAAGGUUGUGCUAGCUGCACUCAAACCCUCCACCUUGCCAAGUGUGUGUCUUAGUGGGUUCGCAAUCACAUCCCCAGCAGUUUUCCGUCUCAAGGCUGGUUCCGGUCCAAUCCACAUCAGUGGCCAGCACCUUGUCAUGAUGGGAGGAGACCAAACUUUGGACGAUGAAGAGGAAGAAGAGGUACAAACGUCCAAGAAAAGGCCUGCAUCAGUACCAGCACUUAAAUCUCAGAAGAAGAUGAAGAUGGAUGAUGAUGAAGAUGAGGAGGAUGAUGAAGAGGAGAGUGAGGCUGAAGAAACUCCUGUUAAGGUUAAGCAGACUCCGUCCAAACCUCGGACUCCUGCCCAGAAUGGAAAGGGCCCUAAAGCCAACACACCAGCUGGAAAACAGUCAAAGACGCCUGACAAGGGCAAGGGUGACAAAAAUGGCCAGACCCCCAAAGCAACCCCUAAAACACCUCUGACCCCCAAACCAGUCCUCACCGUCCCUGAGCUGAAGGCCAAGAUGAAGGUGACUGUGGAGAAGGGAGUGAACCUGCCUAAACUCCAGCCCAAGUUCGAGAGCUUUGUGAAGAACAGCUUCAGAGUCACAGACACCAAGAUCAUAGAAGAACUGUGGAAGUGGAGACAGACUGUGGAAGACAAAAAAUAACUAUUUUUGGUUGAACCUUUUUUAGUUUUCUUAUUUUGCAACCACCACACCCCUUCCACACACACACAUUUGGCCUGCUCUGCCCUCUCCUGGCCCUUCCCAUGUCUGAAUCAAACUGCCACAGCAUUUAGCCCGUCCAGUCCCCAGUGCCCUGCUGUGGCACACCGACUAGUAUGGAUCUAAUAAGACUGAGCCCCAUGGCACUACCGGCACCAUGACCCUCUCAGAGGACGGGGGGGGUGAUACUAUUCCAGCUUUCAUGUGGAAGGACCUGGGAAAACCCACUUUGAACUUAGCAUUUUGUAAAUGUGUAAAAUAAAUCCUUGCUACUGUGUUAAUGUCUGGUCAGUUGGUGUUGAAAAGUACUGUCCCUCUGGCAGUGUGGAAGGUAUCUGUUCAUGUAUGUUCUUUUUGAGUUAUGUUUGUAAAUGGGUCUAGUGAAUUGAUGGCCGUUCACGUCAUCCAUAAGCUGUUGGGUGUAUGGACGUUCCUGUCCUUCCCUUCCAGAGGGUAGGUUCCACAGGGUCUGAGACAUUAACAUUGGGCCAAUCAUUGUCUUAAUUUAACUGUUCAAAGGUUUUAAGUCAUGCUCACGGUUUUAUUAUGAUUUGCAAUAAGGGUAGAGUGAAGCAGCUAAUGCACCGGUGUCCUGAAUGUCAUCUGAAAGUUAAUAAAUAAUUAUCUUGUAUCAUACCUGCUUUGUGACCAUGUAAUUUCUGUAAUGUUGAAUUGCUAUACAAAGUCAAUGAAGAGCUCUAGCCACUGCAAUAUUGUGAUCAGCAAUGAAAAUGUUGGGAAUACUUUUGUAUUUUAUUGAUGACUACAUAGUACAAUUUCAUUGUGACUGCUAAUAAUAUCCUCUACGUGAACCUCUGAAGAACUGUCAAAAAAUAAACAUGCGGUUUAAUGA